AUGUCAAGAUGGAAAUUUACUCGAACUACCAAUCGAUCCGUAAGCCUCAAAAUCGAUGACUUAAGGAACAACGAUGAACUGCAUUUUCAGGUGAAAGCCGAACAAAAUGGAAAACUUUUAGAACAAUGGUCAGCACCACUGAUUCUGACAGUACUUAGAGAAAACACCGAGAUGACGCCUAUCAAUUUGUCACCACCGUUGGAUUUCAACAUUGUUGCUGUUAGUCCAAUUGGGGCUUUUUUGGAAUGGUCACCAAGUAAUGGCAACAUUUCAGGUCUCUACUACUUAGUGGACGUGAAGCAAUUAACCUCUGCUACUGGUAAUCAACUUUUUCGCCAGCAAGCAAGUAUUUUUUUCUGUCAUCUAAAAGUCUCCAUUCAAACACCAACAAACUCGCUAGAACUUGGAGACCUUAAUCCAGGUGAAAAAUAUGAGAUAACCGUGAGAAGUGCUAUAGAUCCAGAAAGAGUAUCAUCAUCUGCAACGGUUGCUGAAUUUAUUAUGCCAUCAAGUGAACAGUUUUUCAGAAUCAAUCAUAUUCAGAUCAGCAGUUUAUUCCGCGCUCCUCUACAGGGUGUCGUUAAUCUUACUUGGACUGUACCCGCCGAUAAACGACCACAUAUAAAAGCUUAUACAAUAUAUUAUGCAGAAAACGAUCGUGGACCAUGGAACUCUGUACAUUUAAGUGGUCACGUAAACGGCGUUACACUUAAUGACUUAAAAAGCGAUACGGACUAUCGUAUGAAGGUACACGUUAGUCUUAGUCAAGGAAGUACCAUUGAAAGUGGACAGUUUAGAUUUCGAACGUCCAGAGUGGUUUUUUCACCAAUAAAAGAUGUCAAAGUGGUAUUUUUGUCUCCAAGUGAUACACUACAACUUCAAUGGAACUUGAAGCCAACUUUAAAUGAAAUUAACAUUGGCGGUUACGAUGUUUAUAUAACAAAUGACAGUAAAUUACCAGAAUCAAAAUGGCAACAUCAUUUUACAACCAAAAAUGAGAUCACUUUGCCGUUGUCAAAUUUUGAACUGUUCACUUCAUAUUUUGUUAAAAUUGCUCUUCGACAAAAUGACGGCAAAGAAAUAUCAAAUCCGAACAUUUAUCGAUUUCAUACAAUUGGUUCAACGAUAUUAUAUUCAACACAAGACUUACCGGCAGCUGAUCAGUGGACAAAAGUAGUUGUUGAAGACCCUCAACAAACAUCAGUAAUAUUAACAAAUUUGAAACCGGGCACAAGAUACGUUUUGAGAAUUGUACCAGAAAUAUGUUCUGAAGAAUGCAAUCUUACCAAUACUCAAUUAUUCCACUUUGAAACUGAACAUGCCAGUCAAACAACAACAUCAUCAUUAUUAAAGCAACAACACUCAACGAUGGCAGGCAAGCAAAAAACGCCUUCUCAUCAUCAACGUAUUCUAAAAACGCCAACUGUAGCAUCGGUCCAAGACUUACGUUUUGGUGAAGAUGAUCAGCAUCUUUGUUUGUUGUUAUGCAAUCCAGAUUCAAUUCGGCAAACUUGCAACUAUGAUGAACGAUGUAUAGCCAGCUUGGAGGAUCCGUCACGUGGUUGGUGUGUUAAGGAGCAGUUACGUGAAGCAAUUCUUAAUUCCCUAUAA